GUCGCGGUACCACUCGAACGUGUUUGCAACUAAUUAAAAGUUACUUUAGUGUUUUCUACUUUAUUAAACAUUGGAAAAGUGAAAUAAUCAGUCAAAAUGUGCGACGUAAUUUGUUGUGAUCUGUGUUGCGGCCGAUAAGCCAACGCAAAAUGUGUGUGAUCCUAAGAAAAGUAGGAGUUGGUUUCGUGCAGAAUGGUUUUGGAGUGAUCGAAAACAGGAUUUUCGAUUUAUGUUGAGCGGACAUCCGCGAGAUGUCGCUAGCGGACGUGACGUCAGCGCGCAGCUCGCCUGCGCCUGACGCGUGUCCAGAGUGCGACACCAGUGCCUCCGUCACAUCCGACUUGCAUAAGUACCAAGUGGCCUGUACAUGCAAGCCGUCGUCCGCGCAGUAUGCGUGCGCCGACGACCCGGGCCCCGCGCCCCCCGCUAAGACCGACACGCCCCCCGCGCUGCCCCCGCGGCCCCCUACCAGCGUAUUGGCCGCUACCAACAGAAGAAACAACACUGCAGUCGGCUGCAACAACGACACCAGCUGUCGCCGGCGCAAGUAUGCGUGGUGGUGCGUGGGCUGCGGCGCCCUGGCCGCGGCGUUGGGCGGGCUGCUGGCCGCCCAGCAUAUACUGCUGAGGGCUUAUACGGCGUCCCCUCAGCAUCUGGAGACGGUGCCGGCUGCUGUGCCUGCUGCUAUGCAUCUGGAGACGGUGCCGGCUGCAGUUCCUGCUGCUAUGCAUUUGGAAACGGUGCCGGCUGCUGUACCAGCUGCUAUGUUGGUGUUGACCGGCGUGUGUAUUAUGAGUUUGGCGCGCCGCAGCAACCGCUACAGCUAUAUGAUCAAAGUGGUAGGCGUGUGCUGCAUCGUGUGCGCUCUGACAUGCGUUCUCGUCACCAUCACCACCACCGUGAUACAUAUGAACAAGCUACAAACGCUGAAGUUCUGCGAAUACACCAAGCUGACUCGGACCUGCACCUGCUUCUCGAUGCCUGACGGACAGCACGACGGCGAUGAUGAAGGCAUCCGCUGCGUCUUCGAAGGCAUGUCGAGUUGCGACGUGGUUCAUGGAGCGCUAUACUGGUGCCUUCGCGGCGUCUUCGCGCUGUCUGUCAGCGCCGUGCUCGUCUGCAUCUUCAGCUGCAUGCUGGCCUACCAGCUGUUGAGCCACGAACGUAAGAAGAUGUACUGGGAGCAGUUAGAGCUUCGCUGCAGAUCGCUGUACCGUCCACCAGCCGGACAGGCCGCACCAGCUCAGGGAAGACAGGUCCAGAGCAACUGCAGCUGCUGUGCACAGUGUCACCCGUCGCAGCCGGCCUGGGACAUCAGUCUGCAGCACCGCUUCUGGCAGCCAGGUCGCGCAGGGAACCUCUACUCGCCCAACCCUGGUGCGGGACGGAAGGCGUCUGCCUGGAGCUGGUUUCCUUGGCCGAGGAGUAACAGCCAGAACUCCCGCUGCCGUAUGGGCGGCGUUCCCCAAUCUGGCGACAGUGCAUACGGCUUCUGCGAUACCGACCCUGCCCCGUCGUCGAACCCGCAACCUUACGACGACCGCUCCUAUCCCCCCAACAUGAGAGCCCAAGCGGGAUUCAACCAGAAUCAGCAGUUUGCGACUAGUCAGUUUGCGACAAGUCAGCAGUUCGCACAGAGCCAGCAAUUCCAAGGAUCAAUGCAAGAGGGCUUUGGAGAAGCCAGCGGCAGUUUUGAUGCACAAACUGGGUUGUGGGGACCUCCUCCGCCGUAUAGUCCUCAGGGAAGGAGUGGUAGCAGACAUCACCUUCAUCAUCAAGACCCUGCAGCAGCCACUUUACUCCAUCACCACCACAUAGACGUCCACCGCAACUCGAUGCCCAUACACGACCAUACAAAUAUGCCCAUGCAACCCCAUACAUGCGCCCGCAACUCAUAUCUCAUGCACGGCAACAUGCCACAGAGCAUGUCCGAACUAACCCGGCUAAAUCCCGAACUAAACCGGUUAAAUCCCGACUUGAAUCGCUUAAAUCCGGAUUUGAAUAGAUUAAAUCCGGACUUGAAUAGGUUAAAUCCGGACUUGAAUAGACUAAAUCCGGACUUGAAUAGAUUAAAUCCGGAUUUGGCUCAAAUGUACCAGCCGGAUGUGAAUGAGUUGGCUAGGAUGCAGGCAGAGAUGCAUAUAUCGCCGGAAGCCAGGUUCAAUACCCUGAGGGGUCACUUGGUUCCGUAUAGGUCGUGUCAGAGAUCCUUGGGCAUGAGUGCGGGGAAUCUUCAUAGAGAUUGCAGAAUGGAGGAAAAUGUGGCUAUAGAAUGCUUGCACCAGAAGAGCGCUAGUAAAGUUUCAGACCAGAGUUCGGACUCAUGCCAAAAGCAAGGGAAGGAGAACCUUGGCUUCCAAAAUGACAAACAUUCGCCUAUAAGGUCUUCGAUGCAAGACUGUCAUAGAGGAGUGAACCAGAAUGCCGAGUCUGAGGUAUACUUUGCUGAUGUAUCCAGUUGCUGUAACGUUUCUGUGAAGGCCGAAUGCUGCAUGAAUCCCAACGUGUCUGCGCUAGUGGGCACCAUAGAAAACCACCCUGAAUCCACGUCAGAAUCCGACACUGGUUCCUUCACUCUAACAAGACAACAACGCCCUCAACCCCAAGUGGGGUCUAAAAGACGACCCAGACAGAACGAGAAACUGAAAAAUGAAAAACUACGCCAAGACCUGAAUCCUAUGCGACUGACCGAACAACAAAUUGAACAGCUGAACAAUUCCAUGAGAAUGUCCGAGAGAAUGAACGAUCCCAGAAUCGAGAGAGUGAAUGACACCAGACUCAGCGAUAGAAUGAACGAUUCGAGGAUCAGUGACCGGAUGAACGAGUCGAGGAUAAGUGAGCGGAAUGACCCCAGAAUGAGUGGAGUAAAUGAGUCCAGAUUGAGUGAUAGAAUGAACGAGUCGCGAAUUAGUGAACGAGUGAAUGAUUCGAGGAUUAGUGACCGUUUGAAUGACUCACGAAUCAGCGACAGGAUGAACGAAACUCGCUUGAGCGAGCGUAUGGAUUCCAGAGAUCGUCUCAAUGAUUCUAGAUUAGAACGAAUGAACGAGUCUCGAGACCGACUCAAUGAACGGAGUGAGAGAGUCAAUGAGUGUAGAAUCAGCGAUAGAUUCAAUGAAACUCGAAUGAGUGAACGCGGCAGCGAUUCCAGAGACCGUAUCAACGAGAGAAUGGAGCGAUUGAGUGAUGCUAGAUCGAAUGACUCCAGAUUGAAUGACUCCAGGCUGAGUGAUUCCAGAAUGAACGAUUCCAGGAUCGAGCGGAUUGAGGACAGAAGGAUGUCUGACUUGAAUUCUAGCAUAAGACUCGAGGGUAGUCCUAAAAUGCGGGCUCACAUGAGUCCCCUGCGGAUUCAAAGGUCGAGCCCUAAGAAUCUGCCCAAAGAACACCCUAGGCAGUCCAGUUCGGACUCGGGCAAGCCAGACUUUUACGUGCCACCGCCGAUCAACCUAUCGCCCUUAUCUCCAAACACUGAAGAGUCAUUAUUGUCUGACGAGGAAGAGAGAAGGCCUGACCAAGUGUAUUCUAACGACCCAGAAACUUCCAAAUGCCUCGGCCCUGACUCCCAGUAUGAACCAAUCAGGGAGGAGAAGGAAGAAAUACUGAAGACGAACCACCAUCAUUGCUACAGCGACACCAAUACAAUGGAUUCAGGCUGGCAGAGUGGAUCUGAAAAACAAGUCACAGAUUGAGUAAGUGACUUUUAAGUCGAAAUUUCUUUGACUUGAGUUCAAUUUUUGAUCGCCUUUCGACCUUAAGACAAGGCAAUAAGCAGUACAGUUGCUUGACAUUGGACAUUAUGUCCAUUGUAUUUUAAACUUUAUUGUCUUAAGGUCUUGAGGCAGAUUUUGAAUAAAACACUGCCGUAACGUUACUACAGUAAUUUUUGUAGAAUUUGAAGUAUAAUAUAAGGCGAAGACACUACCUAAAUUGAGUAUUAAACUAUUUAAAUCGGUCAUGUGUUCCCGUAGAGUUUAUCUAAGAAAGUAAGUGAUCAGAGACAAGGAAUUCGAUAAAUAAAUUAAUGUCAAGUAAUCUCAAUUAUUUUAAAUUUUGCUCUCUAGAAAUUUUUCAUGUUUUAUUUUACUCAAGUUUACAAUUUUUAUUGAUUAAUUGUCAAUUUGCCACUAUUCGUCACAAAGUAAGUGGCAUAUUAAAAGUAAACUCGUCAUAAACGGGAACCGUAACUAUAGUCUGGUCUGUGAGCACGUAGAAUUUUGUCCAAUGACCCCAAGCUGCCCAUCCU